CCAAUAGUAAAUAAACACGUAGCCCUAUGUCUCAAAUCGUUGUGUCAAAUACAGUUGAUUAUUAUGCUGUUAAUCCAAUGUUCAUCGAUAAUUCCCCGAUCGGAGACAUACAUAUCUCCCACAUUGGCAUCUGACAACCUUGAGUAUCUCUGCUGGAGAGUUUUUCGUAUCCUAAAUCCAUUUCGUGGUUUAAUAAGUGUCAAAGAUGAGUUGGAGCUCCAGUUCCAGUUCGAGUUCGAGUCAGAGAUUAAGAAUAGACAUUGAGUCAGUGGACUCGGGGAUUCAGAACGAGCAAAUCCUCAUACUAAUCUUCAAGUCAUUGAAAUGGGACAUCCAUGCCCUCUGCCAAACAGCCGCCGUUAACCGGAAGCUCCGAGCUCUGGCGAACCGCCUGCUCUGGAGGGAGCUUUGUCUCUACAAAGCGCCGCGUAUGAUAGCCACAUUGACGGACGGGACGGGGAAGAUUGGCGGCGGUUGGCAAACACUGGGUAAACUGCUGUUUUUCUGUGGCGGGUGGAUGUCGACCGCGCAUUUUAAACUGAACCCACCCCUGCCGGGUCAUUUCAUCAAUACUUCCCGGUUUUCCAAGACUUCCGGCCAGAGUUUUCUGUUGAAAAAGUGCAGAGAGGAUGUUUUAUACGUGAGCGAUCCGUGCGAGCAUAAAGCGGGGGACAAGGAAUAUGAUGUCGGGAUAUACAGAGGCGUGUUUCGGGGAUUUACGAGGUCGAAGACACGCGAGUAUUUGAUAAAGCGACAUGUACAAUUUGAAGAGACAAUAAGGUGUCCUUAUUGUGGAGCCCGAGUUUGGAGCAUGACGGCGGCGCGCCUGAUUCCCAGGAAGAACGCUGCACGGCGGCUGGGGUCGUUCGAUAAUGGGCUGGAUUAUUUUGUUUGCUUGAACGGGCACAUGCACGGGGCUUGCUGGCUGGUGCCUCUCUCGUCUGACGAAGAUGAUAGUGAAGAUGACGAAGCUAAUACCGACAAUUCUGAUGAUCAUUAAUGGAUAUUUUUUACACGAUCAUAAGUCAAUUCUCUCUCAUUUCAUAGUUUCAUUGUGUUAGAGGGAUCCACUUCAAUCCAAGACUAUCUUUCCCAUGGUUUCCUAGUCUAUAAGUCCAGCGCUUCUUCGUUGCUUGGCUGGGAUACAUUCGUCGAUUUGUCUAAUUGUUCCUGGGCUUGCAAGUGACUUACUGCUUUUGACCGUUCUAGCUGUCUUAAGUCGUCCUAUCGGUUAAUUAUUUGGGGAUUUUAUUUAGCAGAGAUUUCAAUAUGCAUGUUGUUUGAUUCUCUAAGCUUAGAUGUAAAGAAUGACGAGUCAGAGGGAGAUUUUUGUUCUACUUUCAACUUUUUUUUCUUGCUGUUGUAUGGAUCUUAUGUAUUGUAAUGCAGCAUUGUGUUUGUUAUCAUUUUAUGUGAAACUCUUGUUUUCUGUUUUCUCA